AUGGCAUCCACCGCCUUGCUCAAGAAAAUAUGGUUCAUCACCGGCGCAUCCUCAGGCCUUGGCCUCAGCAUGGCUCUGUCUGCUCUCCGCGCUGGCCACCGCGUCAUUGGUACGGGCCGCAACAUUGAGAAGGCUGCGGCAGAACAUCCAGAGUUUGCUCAACUUGGCGGUCAAUGGCUCCAGCUCGAUGUAUCUCAGCCAGGCGCUGAACGAACUAUACAAGACAUCGUAAACCUGGAAGAGCAGCGUUUUAGCACCAGGAAUGAGCAGCCCCACUGGGUUGCCGUGAACAAUGCUGGAGCUACUCUGAUCGGAGCAGUGGAAGACAUGAGCGACAAUCAGAUUCAGCAGUAUUUGCAGACCAAUGUGUUGGGCUUCAUUCGUGUAUGGAAAGCUUUAUUGCCGACUCUACGCCGCAACCGCACAGGCACUCUCAUCAGCAUUUCUUCCAUCUUUGGUUUCGUCCCAAAGGCAGAGCACAUGCUCUAUAGCGCUGUCAAAGCGACUACCGAGUCUCUGACUGAAUCGUACGCGACUCUGCUCGAGCCGUUUGGCAUCAAGACUAUGAUUGUGGAGCCUGGCGGCUUCAGAACCCCCUUUGCAGGCAACAACUCCAAGUCGGAUGGCGGUAUCUCGGCGGAUUACGAAUCCAAGAUGCAAGCUUGGAUUGGCAUUAUAGAUGCAGCGCAAAGGGAUGAUAUGAUGCUGACGGGAGAUCCUGUCAAAUUUGGCCACAGAGUUGUUGACGCCGUUGAAAGCCAAGGCUUAUUUGAGAGUCUCUGGGCAAAGCACGAUAAAAGCAAAGCUUUGAGAAUCUUGCUGGGAACAGACUGUUAUAGCUUGUUCAAGGAAAGGGUUGAGGAUUUGCAGCAAGGAUAUAUCGAUAUGGCUGAGGUGGCUCACUCGGCAAAUGUAGAUGAGUAG